ACGUGCAGAAGGUCAGUAAGGUCCUUCCAGGGCUGGAGUGUGAGGAAGGCCAGGGGGUUGUGCUGAAAGCCUGUGGUUUGCUCUUGUUUUUAACCUUGCCUCUUCAACAGGUUAACUCGGUGAUAUAUGUGGCCUUAAGGCUGCUGGAGCCUUUCACCAAAACCAGGAGUGCAGGAAAAAGCAGGGACUGUAGAGGAGAGAGGAGUGUGACUGGGGACAGGGUAACCCCAGUAAAGGAGCGGAGCAGUACCAGUAGCCACAGCGUGGGACUCAACAUGCAAACGGGGGCAAGUGUCCCCUCAGAGCAAUUGCUGCCUCUUGAAGAUGGAGAAAAACACUUGCUGACGCUACAGCCUGUGUGUCUGAAUGCAGAAGAGGAGGAGAAGGAUGUGGAGGGAGUCUGCCAGACAACUGCCUCCCUGCAGAAGGGGGUGGCCAUGGCAGCGCUGGCCAGGGCAGUUGUGCUGCAGCAGGGGCAGGGUGUGCUGCAGAGCGUGCCAGCUGGCAUGGCUGUAAGUGUGCAGGAAAGUAUCUGUGUUUUUUAUGAUUUAGGGCUGGCACAGAUUAACGCUCUGCAAGAAAAAGGGCAAGAAAAGAGUUCAGAAAGCAAGCCAACAGAGAAACCACCAAAUACACUACUGACCGAGGUUGACAGAGAUUCUGAUGUCAUUGCAUUUCAAAAUAAGGUCCAACAGCUGACCCCAGCUGAAGAGGGGUUAAAAAAGCAACUUUAUUCCAGUCUUUGGGAAACGAAGAGUCAGAGCUGCAAAGCCAGUGAUGAUUUGUCAGAAUCAUGUGACGAAGGAAGAAAAGCAAUUUCCAACUGUGGUUUGUGCACAUUCACCUCACUCAGAAUAUCAAAUCUUAAUCAUCAUGUGAAAACCCAUUCUGAUGAGAAACAUCAUGUGUGUCACCUCUGCCUUAAGGCUUUUAAUACAGCUACUGUCCUGCAUAACCACUUGAAUACACAUACAGGGACCAGACCCUAUAAAUGUGGUGACUGUGAUAUGGCAUUUGUGACCAGUGGUGAGCUUUCACGACACAGGCGCUACAAGCAUACCUUAGAAAAACCUUUCAAGUGUUCAGUAUGUAAAUAUUCUUGUGUAGAAGCAAGCAAAAUGAAACGCCACACUCGCUCACAUACAGGAGAGCGUCCUUAUGCCUGUGACCUUUGCAGUUAUGCCAGCAAGGAUGCAUACAAACUGAAAAGGCACAUGAGAACUCAUUCAGGUGAAAAACCUUAUGAAUGUUAUGUUUGCCAGGCCAAAUUCAGUCAAAAUGGUACCAUGAAAAUCCAUAUGUUACAGAAGCAUGGGGAAAAUGUGCCAAAAUAUCAGUGUCCACAUUGCAGUACUUUUAUUUCACGAAAAAGCGACCUGGGUACCCACUUACGAAAUCUGCAUUCCUACAUGGCAGUGGCAAUUAAAUGCAGUUACUGUGAAGCUGCUUUCCAUGAGCGUUAUGCUUUUAUUCAGCAUAAGAAGACUCAUAGAAAUGAGAAAAGAUUAAAAUGUGAUCAAUGCAGCUAUGCAUGUAUGAAGGAGCGACGCUUAAUUGUACAUCAACGAACCCACGCGAGUGAGAAGCCCUUCACUUGCUCGUGCUGCAGCAAAAGCUUUCAACAGAAGCAGCUUCUCACUCUUAACGUUAGGAAGCAUCAUGAUUCUAAUAUUAAUCCUACCAUUUAUGAGUGCCCUAAAUGUGAAUAAUAUGCAUAAGCAUGCUGAAAUUUGUGGACUGGUAAGGGCAAAAACUACUACACCCAGGAAAGGAAGCAAGGGCAAGAAUAACACCCAUGAGGAACCCAAGUAUGUUAAGCAAGAAGCUGACCUGGAAUCAUUCCAAGAUAUCUCAACUAUGAAAAAUGAGCAUCAUGCCAGUGAGACUGUCCCUGUUU